AUUCCUUGCCACGCCGGGGCGUGCUGGCCCUUUAAGACGGAUAUAGACAACAGCUCCCCGGCUCCGCGUCGAUGAUGUCGCGCGUUACAUCUCGUCGGUAAUUUCACACUUCACAGCUGCUGGACAGAUCAUUUACCUCCUUCGUGAUUUCAAGAGGUUAAUUAGUACAAAGUGUGCUUUGACGGUUUCGGUCGCAGAGGAGGAGAAAUGCGACACCGAGCCCAGCCGGCUGGCUCUGUGGUGCGUAAUUGAUUCGUCCAGAUGUACCGCAUAGAAAUGAGGAUUUCAGCGCACAAAGUUGCCUUUGUUUAUUACUAGUGGCCAUCUUUGGAACGCACUUGAAGGCGACCUGACGCUGUUAUCAUCCAGUGUGAUUAGAGAAAGGGCGCGCAGUAAGGUCACAAUCCCAGUAAUGUAGUCCUGUUUACCAUUUUAAAAAGCACGCUGUUUUGAACAUUAAUUAAAUUAGAAAAUCAUCUCAGACUUUAAGAAAUAAAUAUUAGAAGUUACAACUAUAAUUUGAAGCCGGCCAAAGGCAUAAGUGAGCAAAGCAGCUGUGUAGGGCUCCCCCACCAGCAGAGGGCCCACAAAAGCCUAAGACUAAGAUGAGCAUUGCUUUUUCUUAAAGAGCCCUCUGUUUGAUAACUGUUAGCCUGUUGUCAGCCACUGUUAAUAUCCUAGCUCCAAAGGCCAUAGGAAAAUUCAUAUAAAACAUAACAAAUGUGUUUAUAAUACUGGUUUUCUUUGAGUUCUGACAUGGUGAGUCAGAUGUUUUUCCUGUGGAGAAAACAUAAAACAAAUAAGACGUUGUGGUCUUGAAUCACAUCUUUAAUUAAACAUCAACGCAUAUUUUUAAGUAGUACAGAGAAAACGUGUUGUGGUUUAUUAAUGGGAAUAGUGGGAGUUCCUAAUUUUUGAUGGGGAAAAAAGUACUAAUAAAAAUGAAACUUUUUUUUUUUUUCGGCAGUUGACCUGCCGAUUUACAAUCAGAGCCAGUCAGGGAAAAAUUAUUACGUUUCUGCUUUUAACACUCUUUAAUCAAGAUGAAUUUGGAGCUGUGGCGAGCUUUGGUAGUUGGAUUAACCUCACAAUCAAAAUCCAUGUAGCGCAACACAAAACCUCAGCUUGUCUCUGUUCAGAUGGAGUUUAACCUGUUUAUCUAAAAAACACAAAGUGCUCUUAUGCAUCAUCCACAUCCUAUUAAGGCUUAUCUCUGUAGAUCAUGUUAGAGGCUCUUUAAAGUAUCCAGUGCUGCAACCAGAUGGUUGCAUUAAAAAAUUACUACUGCUGCAGUUUAGCUUUUAGAGAUUUUGUCUUAUUUUUUACCAUGUAUUAUGAAAGGGUAAAAAUUCUUGGAGGAUUAUUUUCUUUGUAAGUAAAUAAAUAAAAAAAAAUAGCAUCAACAGAGCCUUUUACCUAAAUGUGAUUUGAGAUUUGCUGGAAUGCUUUACUCUUGGAUAAUUAAAUCAUCCCCUAAUGCGCAGAGAUAGAUUCUUCUUCUGCAGUACUAAUUUUGGCACAGUCCAAGUCCUUCCUAGAGGGAUGGGGGCAGGAGGACUGCUGCUCUUCAGCUUCCUACUUUUGUUUUUUCGGGACAUCCUGCACACCAGCUGGGCUGUGUGUGUUACCUGCACUGGAACAACAAACAUAAAUGAGCUGUCAUGGAAGACAAGCGUAAGAAACGCAGCCCAAAGGUGUCCCUCCCUCAGCCUCCUCCGCCACCCAUCAACCCCCGCAAGCUCUCCGUCCUUCCUGCCAGCAAAAGUGCCACCUUCUCCCUCGGCCUGCCGCAGCCCCCCUCCCCCAAGAACAGGAGCAAGUUUAAGAGAUCCAUAGGAGCGCCGGGACAGCCAAAGGAGGCGUUCACGCCUGUAGUAGCCCCCCCAAAGACAACACGACCACACAAGGAGAAACCCAAGGCUCCGCAGCCGGCAGGGCCCAGUAAAGUGGUCCAGUCUCCCCCCCUGCAGCACUCCUUCCUUACAGAUGUCUCGGAUGUGAGAGAGAUGGAAGGAGGCCUCCUUAACCUCCUCAAUGACUUCCACUCAGGCAAAUUACAGGCGUUCGGAAAGGUUUGCUCCUUUGAGCAGCUGGAACAUGUACGGGAGAUGCAGGAGAAGCUGGCACGGCUGCACUUCAGCCUCGACAGCCACGUGGAGGAGCUUUCCGAGGAUCAGAGGAAGGGUGCUUCUGAUCUCAACCUGGAACACCUGCUGUGCAACCUGGAGGAGCUCAGCACCUCAAUACAAAAGCUCCACUUGGCCGAGAAUCAGGACCUGCCCAAGACAUCUGGUCCCUGACGGAGCAAGGUGCUCAGAACGUUCAUGGCGCGCUAAUCUUUUCUGAACAUCACAAAAAGAUAAAAAUAUCGAAAAGAGCAGGUUACCAUGGCAUUAAACCAGUUGCCUUAGAAACGGGACCAGGAAGGUCCAAAGGAGAGGGAGGAGGCCAUUUUUCCACUCAGUCAGUGGAGCUGAGAGGACAUUCCAAUGACUGGAUGCAGCAGAGCAUUAAAUUAGAGCGCAACCAGAAAAAAAAAAAAAAAAAAAUCAAACGCCUCAUUCAUAGCACAGAAACAUGACCGCAAACUAGUCUGAAC